CACAUCUUAUUUUUUACCUUUAGUUGUUCUAAGAAAAUAUGGAAGACGGAAAAGUUAUUGUCGAAAAACCGCAAAUUUUUGUGGAAAGGACACUUGCAAUCAUCAAACCAGACGCUGUUUCAAGAGCCAAUGAAAUUGAGGAGAUUAUUCUCAGAUCUGGUUUCACUCUGCUGCAGAAAAGACGAGUUCACUUGACACCAGAACAGGCUAGUGAUUUCUAUGCAGAACACUACGGCAAAAUGUUUUUCCCAAGUCUGGUCGCAUUCAUGUCAAGCGGUCCCAUCGUUGUCUACUCUUUGGGACGGGAGCAUGCAAUCCAGCACUGGCGGAAGCUAAUUGGUCCCACCAAACCGAAGACUGCAAAGGAUGUACAACCCGACUGCAUUCGAGCUCUCUACGGGACGGACGAUACUAGGAACGCGGUUCAUGGAAGCGAUACUUUUACUUCCGCUGAGAGGGAAAUUAGGUUUAUGUUCCCAGAGGCAACAAUCGAACCUAUUCCCGCCGGCCAGUUUGCAAAAGACUACCUCAGCAGGAAUGUCAAUCCCGUCUUGCUGAAGGGCUUGACGGAGCUGUGCAAAAACAAACCAGAGGACCCGAUCACAUGGCUUGCCGACUGGUUGCUAGGGAACAACCCAAAUAAACCCAAUGUCGAUGAACCACUUACUCCCAAGGUGUAGAUGCCUCGCCAAAUUCCACCUCCUUCGUUCCACAGAACUGAUGAAUUAUUGUACAUAAUCAUUGCAUGUUACAUUCAUGUAAAAUCAAUUAGAAACGGCUCACUACG